CCAUAAAAGGAAACAUUGUAACGCUUUAUAAGGGAGAAAAUAGUUCGCGAGCAGUUAAAGAAGGAAGAUAUUCUUCCGCCAAAGUAGCAUUUAAUAGGAAAUAGUUCCGGCAAAGAACGCGCAAGAAUCCCAUUUACAAGUUCUGCUGGUGGGAAUCGCGCGUGUGAGUGUGAUGCGGCUCGGGAUGUGAUUGGUUGGAAUAGGGAGAGCGGGGAAGCUGCGGCCACAGUAAGACAGGCCGGUCAGGGAGAGGGAGAGCGGCCAGGGCCACCGGAACAAACCAAAUCCGUCAGUGACACGGAGGACAACGAAACCAGCCGAAGCAUCUAGGACGGGCAGGGAGCACCGGAACAAACCAAGUUCCUGGGGUAGAGGGGAAACUGGGCUCCCGAGCCAACCACAGGCCACAGGACGAACCACAGCUCCGGUAGAGGGGGAACCAUAUCUGCAAGGAGGGAGCCCAGGUGUGAGGAGCCUAGAGGGGAAGAUAUUUAGCAGUAGCCCCCAGGGAGCGGUACUUGCAGGAUUCUAUACAGGGAAGGGCCAGUUAACCGACUGUACCCAAGUAAAGGGACCAGAAAGACAUUUUCCCUAAGAAAAGGCUCAGCGGGAACAUAUAAGUUUUUAGCACAGGGCAGAUUGUUAGUAGUCAUUACCCAGGAGGGGCAGGUUAACUCUUAUCCUCACAGCAUUAUACACAAGUGGGUUUUGCACAAGGAAGGGCAGAUUAGUAAAUUUUAUCCCAGGAGUGGGCAGAAUAUUGGGGCACACCCCCCAUGCCCCCAAGGGAUGCUGCCCAGUAACCAGGCCGGGGUGGCGGGGUCAGGCCGAGGGCUGGGGUUGGCCCGCAGGGCAGGAAAUGGGGCUGGGUGCCCAGGUAUUAGGGGCCCUGGGGGCCAGUACAGCGGUAGUUCAGGGAGCUCAGAUUCGGGGGAAGAGGAGGAUCCUCCUGGGCGGGGGAUAAAGAGGGGGCUCAAUGAGCUGGAGCUGCCAGAACAAGGGGGGGCAGCAGGAGUUGUGGGGUACCCAGGGGCUAGUGGAACAGUGUCAGGGGCCAAACCUGGGAAGAAAACUCGGGGCCGAGUGAAGAUUAAGAUGGAAUUUAUUGAUAACAAAUUGCGGCGCUACACGACCUUCAGCAAGCGCAAAACUGGCAUCAUGAAGAAGGCCUAUGAGCUUUCCACCCUGACUGGCACCCAGGUGCUGCUGUUAGUUGCCAGUGAGACCGGCCAUGUGUACACAUUUGCCACGCGCAAGUUGCAGCCCAUGAUCACCAGCGAGACGGGGAAAGCUUUGAUCCAAACCUGCCUGAAUUCCCCUGACUCUCCUCCCCGCUCGGACCCCUCUACUGACCAGCGCAUGAGUGCCACCGGCUUUGAGGAGACCGACCUCACCUACCAGGACUCGCUAAAGCCGGCAUUCACCGUGACCAACCUUCCAGGCACAUCCAACAUCCAAACAGUGCCCACCACCUCCACUUCCAUGCAAGUCAGCAGCGGGCACUCCUUUCCCAUCACCAACUACCUGGCACCAGUGACCAGCGCCAACGGCACCGUGCUGAAAACUGAGGGUGGAGCUAUGAGCUCAGGGGGAUUAAUGCAAAUUCCCGCAGGCUUCACUCUUAUGUCAGCAGGGGGAGCUGUAGCUCAGCAGGUACCUGUCCAGGCUAUUCAGGUCCAUUCUGCAGCUCAGGCAUCGCCGUCCAGUGACAGUAGUUCAGAGUUGGUGCAAACAUCCUCUAGUGGAACAGUAACACUGCCUGCAGCCAUCAUGACCUCCUCCGUGCCCACAACAGUGAGUGGUCAUAUGAUGUACCCCAGUCCCCAUGCAGUAAUGUAUGCCCCUACACAAGGACUAACCGAUGGGGGCCUCGCUGUGCUCAAUGCCUUCUCCUCUGCGCCCCAAAUGCAAGUUUCUCACACCCAGGAACAGGGGGGUGUCCAGCAAGUUUUCCUCACUGCUCCCCCUGGCACUGUCCAGAUACCUGUGUCUGCAGUACAGCUCCACCAGAUGACAGUUAUUGGGCAGCAGUCCAGCGGCAGUAACCUGACUGAGCUGCAAGUGGUUAAUUUGGACACGUCGAACAGCAACAAGAAUGACUAAAGCGCAGGGUGGGUGGCCCCACACUUUAUUGACUCAAAACCUAUUUAUUGUUGCCUUUUUCACACGUUUCUUUAAUCCUCUCCGGCUGGUGCCGUGGCACAAGGACUGGUAGUUAUCUGGAUGGGGUCACGCUGCUUCACCCCCCCCCCCAAGCCAAAGAGCUCUAAACCUUCGUGUCUUUCUCCACUUUACAGCAGCAGAAAGGCCAACGCCCUGUUGGAGUGCGCUCUUUGGGAUCCGCAGGGGCGGCGCUGGAACCAGGCGAGGAGGAUUUGCACUGUGCCUGUGUGAUUAGACUUGGGCUUCUACCUGUUCAUGUUGGGCUUGGCCUGCUGUUGGCAUUAGACACUGGGUAUUCUGUGUUGAAGUUUACCCGGCAAAGCAUCACAUAUGGGCCCCUAGAUAUACUUGUAGAGCCCCCAACAAGCCAUUGCUAGGAAAACAGAAGGAGAAGGGACACUAAAAUUCCCUAAGAGAAGACUAUAUUUUUCUAAUAGUUGAGUCUCAGUAUUUAUGUAUUGAGGGUUUGUGAUGCCUCUGUUUUUACGGCGAGGAGAUUUUACUGUCUGUAUAGCCAAUACAUCCCUCUGAUGGGAAUGUAUACACUCAUGCACAAUAUUGUAUUGCUUUGCAGGGGUCUUAGUGAGGAGCACUACAGGAUUUCAGUGCCCAUCCAAUCACAAGUACUGUAAUUAGGGUACAAAUGGCUGGCCACGUUCCAUCACGGAGGACAGGAGCCAUCUUUGUGUCAUUUCUGCUGCAACCCUGUGUGUGCAAGUUGUGUGAGUCUGUGGGAAGACAAUGGCACGUGACUGGGGGUGGGUUGGCAAUGGGCAGAACUUAUCAGACUCAGGGUGUUGGCGCAGAAGCGUGUUGGGGGUUAAUAGCGUGCUUUUGGUUGAAGAGAAAUAUAUAUAUAUUUUCCAGUUUGAUUUGUACAGUCUGUGCUGUGUUUGGUUUGCUGGUGUGCGAGUUUUUUUACUCAACUAUUAACCCAUUCAGCCACCCUCUGCUCUGGUUUCUGGCAGUUAAUCCCUUUUGUGCAGCAGCCGCAUCUCUCCUGUAGUUUCUCUGCUCGGGAUGCAAGUGAAUCCUUUUGCCAUUGCUUAGUUUGAUGGAUCCUGUGAGUAAGUUUAUUAGCUGUGCAGGUAUUGCAGCUUCCAAAGUCAAUGGGAAAGUGCCUAAUCCAAUUAUGCCCAGCUCUGCGCAACAUACAUUCAGGUUGUAGUUAUAGAAGGCAGAGAUGAAUAAAUCAGUGUAGCGCCUCUUCUGGCCACAUCGUAGUUACGAGAUUCCCCUCCUGGCCACAUCGUAGUUACCUGGCGUCCCUCCUGGCCACUGCGCAUCUAUGUGGCGCCUGGUCACCACCCCCCUUUCCGGGCCACAUCACAGUUAUGUGGCAUCUGGUUGCUCCCCUUCACAGGUCACAUAUUGUAGAACUGCAUUUCCGAUCCAGUGUUUGUAUUUAACAUGCAGUCCAUGGUAGGUCUGGAAUAAAGGAAAAAGUAUCUGUGAGUGCUGAUCUUCCACAAUAGAACUGGGGGUCUUUGUCCCUUAUCCUUUCUGGGGUGGUAGGGAAAGGCAGAGACCCCCUAAAAAUAAAAUAAUUUACUUCACUUGUCUGUCCCUCAAUCCUAAACACUGAGGUCAGAUCUGUGCAAUAACACUAAACUGUCGCUCCUGCACAGUACAUUGGUCCCUCCUGGUGGAGGGGAGGGGGCUGUGUAACUGACCAGCAAAUUAAAUCUUGGCCAAAUCUCAGAUUCCCAUUUUCCCAAUGCUGAAAAAGGAAAUUUAUUACAGGUAUAGGAUCCAUUAUCCGAAAACCCGUGAUCCAGAAAGCACCGAAUUACGGAAAGGCCAUCUCCCAUAGACUCCAUUUUAUCCAAAUAAUCCAAAUUUUUAAAAAUGAUUUCCUUUGUCUCUGUAAUAAUAAAACCAUAACUUGUACUUGAUCCCAACUAAGGUAUAAUUAAUCCUUAUUGCAAUCAACCCAUGCCUAUUGGGUUAAUUUAAAGUUUAAAUGAUUUUCUAGUAGACUUAAGGUAUGAAGUUCCAAAAUUACAGGAAGAUCUGGAAGACCCCAUGUUCGGAGAAUUCUGGAUAAUAGGUCCCAUAUCUGUACUCGUAUGCCAAGAGUGCUACAACCCUGCUGCAACCACUAGGUGCCACUUGUUAGGAUUAAAUGCUGAUUCAACAGGUUUGUGACAUAGGGUGCCAUCUAGAAUUUCUGUAUAAAUCUAUUCCUCAAGGGAAAACUCUGGAAACAAAUUCCGCUCUGUUUACCUAAGCAGAAAGUUGUUUUUGGGAUCCUGCAGUCUGGCUACUGUAAAACCCAACAGGACAGUGGGUGAUUAGACAAUGGUAUCCGAUAUGGUUUAGAUAAAUUCCAAUAGAAAGAGAAUGACUUGUUCCCACCAGGCUGGUGAUUGGUGAUAGGCUGAUAAGGGGUUUCAUAGGGGCAGUGUACUGCAUUGGGUGUAACGCUUCUCACACACAGGUUUUUCAGUGUACCCAUGAGGGGUGCACCAAAUCCAUAUACAAAAAUUUGGAGCAUUAGUUAAACACUAAGGGGCAGAUUUAUCAAGGAUCAAAUAGUAAAUUAAAAUUUUCCAGUUUCAAAAUUCACGCAUUCAAGUUUUCAUCCCCCUAUUCGAUUUUAAAUUGGAAUGUAAGAAUUAGGAAACAGUCCUAAUUCGUAUAUUUCCACCUAAAACCUGCUGAGUGCAUGUACAAAGGCAGAGGUCUUUGGAGGUCCUGACAUUCAAGCUUUUUUUUCUGGAGAAAAAUUAGAUUAGUAGGAAUCGAAUACGAUAAAAUUUUCGUGUCGGAACAUUCGAAUCGAAUAUUAGCCAUUCAAAUUUUUUCUUAAAAAUCCUCCCGGCCGAAUUGUGAGUGUAUUCGAAUUUAAAAAAAAUUCACAUGAAUUAGAAAUUCGUCCUUGGAUAAAGGGGCCUCUAAAGGUGACCUUACACGUAGAGAUCCGCUUGUUUGGCGAUUUCGCCAAUAUGCCCACCUUGAGGUGGGUGAUAUUGAGCUGAUCCGACGACUAUCUGAUCAUAAUGCAGGCAAUAUGGGCGAUCGGAUUGCAGGGCGCAACGAACAGAUGUAGUCCGUGAUCUGACGGGGUUUUUAACCCUGUCUGAUCAACAUCUGCCCAACCUUCGGGCUAAUAUAGAUUGCGGAAGCGCGUCGGAGGGCCCCACACACGGCCAAUAAACUACCUACUUGGUCUGUCAGCAGCUUUUGUCGGGCCGUGUAUGGUCACCUUAAAGGUUUGGGUAAAUCAGAAUCAUGCAAAAAGUGCUGAGUUUUGGCUAAGUCCUGGAACUUGGUGCAUUCCUAGUGACCAUUAGCAGUGGGUGCAGUACACAAACUUGGGAGAAGAGCUGCAGGAAAAAACAUCCAGGUGCCUGUCUAUUGUGGGAGAUUAAUGAGUGUUUGAUGCACAGCAUAUUUCUUGCUUAAUGGAGCAGGAGUCAAGCUAAAAAUGUUCAAAAACCCUGUAUGGACUGUAUAAGUGCAUCUUUGCAGUUUCUCUACUGUAACCUGCAUGUGAAUCUGCCCUUAGCCCUAAUCCUUAGGAGGCUGUAUCACCGAGCAUUCCUGGGUAUUAAUCUGAGAGAGCGUUUCAAACCAGAGAUUUGUAGAGCAGACACUCGAAUAAAGGCAAUCUUCCACCAGGGAGUAGAGAUAAGUACAAUUAUUUAUGUCAACUAUAUAACCAUACGCGUUUCGUGUUAGCAACACUUAGUCAUACUAUUAAUCUGAGGGCUCUGUAGGAGUUUAGUGUAAUGGUUGUAGCACUUCUAAUAACAUCUCUUAGCUGUUGCUUGGUCAGCGGUAGACCAGCACCUGGCUGGUCCUGCAAACGUACCAGAGGUUUCUUACAGAACAGCAGACCCUACAGAUUUCCAAGAUGGCUACAGUCAACCCGAUGCUGGAAUCCAGCUAAAAGAUGGCAGUUUCCAAUAGGGCCACCAUAAGAUGAGAGAUAACUGCAACUAGAGGUUUCCAGUAGUAGAGUAGACUAGCGGCAGUCAAACCUGCAAAUUUAGGCUGUCUGGUUGGGGUAAGGGUAGGACUACAUGGACGUUUUCGACGUUUUGGCUGCUGCGUGUGCAUCUGACAGUCGUGUUGCGUUGGAUCAAUGAUGCGACACCAUGCGAAAUUUUAUCUCUUACGUUAUUUCUGUUGCAUGCGACUUGUCGCAGCGAGUUGGGUCGUGCCAAAAACGUCCAUGUAGUCCUACCCUAACUGAUGAAUAGUUUCCCAGGAAUGGCACCCCUUUGACUGAAUCAUGUUAUUGAUAUCUUUGCAGUCUGAUGAACCAUUGGCCGGUGUCUCCAUGCCAAGCUGUUCAUUGAAGAUUUAUUCCCGCCUCCCUGUUGCAGUUCAUAUGUCCCAAUAAACCUUUAGGCCGCAUUUGAUUUCCCAGUGCCCCAGUAGAACCCACUUAUACUGGGUGCAUGGGGACAGUAAUGGCAGACACUGGGGGGGGAACACCAAUCUUUUUGCUGCUGUUGAUUUUAUACCGAGCUCCUCAGGGAGAAGUGACAUUUAUUGUUUGCUGACGUCGCUUCUUUCUCAGCUUUUCAGUUAAUCAGGAGUUUAUUUUUCUUGUGCUUGUGUGUGUUUUGGGGAGGAGGGGAAUAAAAGAUUUUCUUUUUGAUUUUUCCAGGGUUUUGUUCCCCAGGAGAAGUUGUGCAAGUAACACAGUACUGUGUUGUACAUAACCUUCUUUUGUAUAAAACUGAAAAAAAAAAACUUUCAAUAAAUGUAUCAUUUUGUGCA